ACUGAGCGACUGAACAACAACAACAAGGCAGAGGGAAAGGCAAGUGCAAAGUGCUCGGGUGGAGCAAGAAGGCCACUGGGGUUGGGGAAGAGUCAGUCAGGGGAAAGCAGUAAGAGACCAGCAGAGGCCUUGGAGGCCAUAGCAAGAAAUGGCCUCUUCCUAAGACAGUGGAGAUGGGAAGAUAUUGGAGGGGUUUUGACAUGAUCCCCAGAAGACAUGCAGGUUUCAUGGGCCAUUUAUUGCCCACAUUUGGCUUCACUCUCAUAGCCAAACUCAUGAGAGCCGUCAACAUCUGUCACCACUUUCUCACCUCAUUCCUUCAACCCAGACCAUUUGGGCUCUGGAUGCCAUCACUUCUCUGCAAAAGUUCUUAUCAAGGUCAUCAGGGACUAUAUCUCAUCAAAGUUUGUAACAAUGCUCAGUCCUCCUACUUCCCAACCUCACAGCAACAACUGACAUGGUUGCAGCACUGCUCCACGAUUCAGCAAUCCCUGACUCUAGCCUGGUUUUCUUCCUUCUUCACAGGCUUCUUUUCCAUAUCUGUCAAAGUUCUGCAUAUAGUAGUGCCCCAGGACUCUGACCUCUAACCUCUGACCUCUGCUGUACUCUUCCCCUGGGCUUUGGGUCCACGGUUUUCAAUACUGUAGAUAUGCUGAUGACUUCUGAGUUUAUAUCUCUAGCUCCAAAUUUGUAAUUCCAAAUGCCUAGUCCAUGUGUCUACUUGGAGUUCUAAUAGGCAUCUUCUCCACAUGUUCUUCCUCACAGAAAUGGCACCACCUGUUCAGGACAAAAUCCCAGGAAGCAUCCUUGGAUCUUAUCUUUAUUCCAGUUGGCUCUGCCUCCAAACGAAACCCUGAAUCUGACCACUUCUCAGCAGACCCCUGUUACCCACUAACUCCAGUUGCCAUCAUCCCUUGCCCAGAUUACUGCACAAGCUGCCUGAUUUCUUUCCCUGCCUCCACUCUUACCUGUCCCCUUCAUUCUUCAUCCAUUAUCUUAAAAGAUAAGUCAUGUCAGGGCCAUGACCUUGCCUAAAAUCCUCCACUGCAAUCAGAACAAAUCCAAUCCCUUAUCAGGGGCCUACAACACCAGGUGUGUUCAAGGCCUUGUGGUUCCAACUGCCUCUCGGGCCCCCUCCCUCACCUAGGGCCCAGCUGAGCACACUGAGUUGGCUCCAGUCUCCAGGUCUCUGCACUUGCUUUUCCUUGAGCCUGGAAUAUUUGUCCUCACGGUCGUCCCUAGGCUUCUUUCUCAUCCUUCAGCUUUUAGCUUAAAGGUCACCUCGGUGAGGCCUUUCCUGAUCUCCCAAAGUCUUCCCCUACCCCACCACUCUCUAGCACGUUCAGAAAUCACUGUAUUCAUCCGUUGUGGAGUUCCAUGUGUAACCUCAUCCCCAACACGUACACCAGAAAGCUUCUAGAGAGCGGGUACCUCCUUUGUUUUCAGCCCCACACACUGCCUGGUAGAGAGCAGAUGCUGAAGAAACAAGAGAUUGACUGACAGCCCACGAGAUUAUCCACGGCUCUUAUGAGGUUCUUUGUCUGUUGCAGGGAGAGAUGGCUUCUUCAAUCGCUUGCUCUCAUUCUAGCCAGAGAGGGACUAGCAACCACCCUUCUUCUGUCUUCUCCUCCCCACUUCCUCCCCCGCCCCUUCCUGCUCCAUUCUUCCUCCCCGCCACCUCCCCUAUCCCCCUCCUUCAUCCCGCCCUGUCGCGUGGGAGCCGUCCUGGUCGCGCAGACGCUGGAGCGCAGAGACCCGACGGCCGGCCGCGGAGGCAUGAUGGCGCUCAAGGCGCUGCGUUUGGUUUUGUUCCUGGUCUGGUGGGACUCGGCCGCCUCUUCCAAUGCUCAGUUUGGUCAACCUUCAGAAUACAGUACACCAAACUGCCAUCAGUAUACAUUACCAGGAUGUCCCCGGGACUUCAACCCCGUGUGUGGAAGUGAUUUGUCCACUUAUCCCAAUGAGUGUACUCUGUGUAUGAAAA